AUGGUGACUAUCUCUUCUUCUUCGGCUAGUGCAUCAUCAAUUGCUGAGAGGUUCUCCUGGUAUUGUGCUUUGUUUCUGCUAGUGCUACUCUUGUUGGAUUGUUGCGACCCAGAUGAAGGUGAAUUGCCCAAUCAAAUGCAUCUGAUUACAGAGUGGGUGAACAACAACAAUAACAAGAAGGUGUGUGAUGAGAUUUAUGUGGUCGGAAAGGGGGAGACUCUGCAUACGAUUAGCGAAAAGUGUGGUGACCCUUUCAUUGUCGAAAAGAACCCGCAUAUCCAUGACCCAGAUGAUGUUUUCCCUGGUUUUGUGAUCAAGAUCACUCCCAACAUUAGGUUGAUUGAAAGUGGAGACCUUAUGCGAGAGGAAAACUUCUCCAUGACUACAUGA